GGGCUGAGUCCAGGAUGUUAUGAUACCUACAACGCAGACAUCGACUGUCAGUGGAUUGACAUUACAGAUGUGAAACCUGGACAAUAUACCCUCAAGAUUAGUGUAAAUCCUCACUAUCAGGUUGAAGAAUCUGAUUAUUCAAACAACAUUGUGCGCUGUGAUGUACGCUACACCGGAAACUAUGCCUAUGUUUCUGGCUGUCACAUGUCGACAUAUUAACACCUGUGAUCGACUGAUAUUCUGCAAGUUCCCCUGUGAACGGAUUAGGAUUACCAACAGGGGUCGUCUGAAAGACAUUUAAAAACAUCAUGUGACAUACAGUCACCUUAGCAUUAAAAAUACCAUCAGUUGUCAUAGCACCAGAUUACAGUGAAUUCUUUUUGCUUAUAGGAAUUUGUUCUGUUUUAACCAUUUUUUUCUGUUCCUUGUAUAGCAUUUUCCUGUAUCUCAACACACUUAAGAAAAUAUAUAUCUGUUAAAUUCAAGGGCUUAGAGAAAAGACAUAAUGAUACCUACUCUUUAAUGCUUAAUCAGUAUAUAGCAGCUAAAAAAUAAAAUGUUUAUCUAAAAGCAUAGUG